AUGCCUUUACUAUGCAAGUUGAUCUUGUUGUUCGUGUUGCCUAUUGUUUUGGCUGCACCUGCACACAAGAGAGCGGCUGGUCCGACUGUGACUAUCUCCAAGCCCGAGGCUACGAUCAUUGGCGCUGCCGGCUUGAAUCAUGUCGAAAACUUCAAUGGUAUCCCGUAUGCCAUGGCCCCGACUGGGGCUCUUCGACUGAGACCACCUCUGCCCAUUGCAACACCAUUGAAGACCAUUCAAGCGACAUCGGUAGCACGAUCAUGUCCGCAAUUCUUUUUCAGCACCGAUGAAAGGAACCUCCCGGAAUCCAUCAUCACAAAACUAAGCAAUAUUCCAAUUUUCCAGGAGAUCAGCAAUGCAGGCGAAGAUUGUUUGACUGUGGAUGUGCGCCGUCCUGCUGGAACGAAACCCGAUGCUAAAUUGCCGGUUUUGGUGUGGAUUUUUGGUGGAGGAUUUGAACAGGGUUCCACGGCAAACUACGAUGGAGGAAACUUUGUGGCUAGCUCAGUGGACCUGAAUAUGCCGGUCAUUUUCGUCGCCAUGAACUAUCGCCUCGGAGGAUUUGGAUUCUUACCGGGCAAAGAAGUCCUGGAAGAUGGAUCCGCCAAUCUUGGUCUAUUGGAUCAGCGUCUCGCUCUGGAGUGGGUCGCUGAUAACAUUGAAGCUUUUGGUGGUGAUCCUUCUAAGGUUACUAUCUGGGGAGAAUCUGCUGGAUCAAUCUCGGUCUUUGCUCAAAUGUCCAUGUACGACGGUAACAACACCUAUAAUGGAUCUCCGCUCUUCCAUGGUGCUAUCAUGGACUCCGGGAGCAUUUUGCCUGCCAACCCAGUUGAUUGCGCAAAAGGUCAGCAUGUAUAUGACCACGUCGUGAAGGCGGCAGACUGUGGAGGCACGCAAGACUCCCUUGAAUGCCUGCGUGGUCUGGACUACGAAGACUUCCUCAACGCCGCAACUUCAGUACCAGGCAUUCUGGGCUAUAGUUCUGUCGCCGAAUCGUAUCUCAUCAGACCAGAUGGCAAAGCUCUGACCGAAUCUGCGGAGAUUCUAGCCGCGCAGGGCAAAUAUGCAUCUGUGCCAUUCAUCAUCGGCGACCAAGAAGACGAAGGGACUAUCUUUGCUCUGUACCAAUCCAACUUCACCACAACCAAAGAUAUAGUGGACUACUUGGAUGACCUGUUCUUUAUCGACGCGAGCCGACAACAACUUACAGACUUUGUCGCGACAUAUCAGUCUAUCGACGAAGACGGCUCGCCAUUCCGCACGGGCACUUUUUACAACUGGUAUCCCCAGUUCAAGCGCCUUGCUGCAAUUCUCGGUGAUCUGUCUUUCACUUUGACCCGCCGGAUCCUCCUGAAUUCUGCCAUCAAGGCAAAGCCAGACGUCCCAUUCUGGUCAUACCUCUCCUCCUACAACCAUGACCUACCUUUCUUGGGAACCUUCCACGGAUCCGAUAUUUUCCAGGUGUUCCAAGGCAUCCUACCAAAUUACGCAUCCAAAUCCCUCCACACUUAUUACCUGUCAUUUGUUUAUGAACAGGACCCUAAUGCCAAAGCAGGGAACUAUAUGGAAUGGCCAGAAUGGUCCGGCAACCAGUCGUUGAUGAACUUCUUCAUCGACCAUGCUUCUUUGCUGCCCGACAACUUCCGCCAGGACACUUAUGACUACCUUGUCUCGAACCUGGCGGCAUUCCAUAUCUAG